AUGAAUUUCUGCCCAAAUAACGAAUUUUACCUGUCGAAUUUCAAUUCCAUCUCAUUUCAACCGGACAAAGCUUACAAAAAUGCUCUGGAUUUCUAUAUUCAGGAGUAUUCACAAGAUGGUUUUGGUAACCCCAGUUCAAGUAACGUUGGGAAGAAGGCAGGCACACAACCCAGCAAGCAGAUUAUUCACAAAAUGAUUGAAAGGAAGCGGCGGAAGGACAUGAAUUUUCUCUACUCAGAGCUGAGGUCACUACUUCCGGAGGAAAGAAUUCGGGGAAAGCGUUCAGUAUCAGACCAACUGGACGAAUCUAUUAACUACAUUCGUCAUCUAGAGCAACAGAUCAAAGAUCUAACGAAGGAAAGAGACAAGAAAAAAAUCCGUGCAGCUUGCUUUAAGGGUGUUGAAAUAUCCAAGCCGCUGGAAUUCCAUGACGAGGGUUUCCCAUCAAUUAAAAUAAAGUCAUUCGGUUCAGAUGCAUUGCAGGUAUAUAUAAACUCGAUCCGGAAUCAGAUUGCCUUGUCCGAUGUUCUUCUGGUGAGUGAAGAAUGUAGAUUUGAAGUUGUGAGUGCUGCUUCGUCUGUGACCAAUGAAAAAGUCUUCCAUACUAUACAGGCCGAGGUAACAGACCACAGCAGUACUAAUAUCGACUCAUUGUAUGUUAAACUUCAGCAAUUGAUCAGAAUGGGAGGUGAAAAGAAUAGGUUUGAACCCCCGACCUAUGAUAAGUGGCAAAAUAAUAAGGAGGUUUGGGAGGAAAUCUUUGACAGUGGGAUGGUGCCCUUUUUUGAGAGAUUGCAUGGCCAUUCUGCCUUGGUUAUGGAAAGAUUUGUCAAAAGUUGGAAUAAGGGUGUGCUAGCUACUUUCGGUGUGAAUUUUCAAGUUCACAGAACCUUGGUUUCUAUUGUUACUGGUCUAGAUAUGAAAGGUAGGAAAUUUUAUAGAGACAAGGAGCUAGUUGAGGAGGCCAUCGCUACCUUUUAUGAUAAGGAAAAGGAACAUCAAAGGGUUUCAAAAAAGGCAGACGGUGGCUACAAUAGGAAAGAGAUGAUUUCCCUCUAG